AUGGGUGGAAUGCGCCCGUCACACCUCGCAUCGCUGGCGGCCAUCCCGAGAGCUCUUUCGCGACAGCCGCGCCGCGUCUCGGACCCGUUGCGGCGGGGCCUCCGUGACCGGCGGAGCUACACCUCCUCCGAGUCGUCGCCGCCGCAGCUGACGACGAGGCUUCCCUUUCGGUUCGAGACGGGCGUUGGCUUGUUCGCGAAGCGCGCCCCGCGGCCGUUCCCUCCGCCGUUCCUCUCGCCCCCGUCCGGGUCCUUCUCCGACCCCCUGAGCACCCAUCACCAGAGCCGCGACCGGCGGGCCUUUGUCAACGGGGAGCUCAUCCGCGGGCUCACAAACGGCGACGAUGCCGUGUACGCGAGCGACUUCUUCGUGUGCGCCAACGAUGGCGUAGGGGCAUGGGCCACUCGUCCCCGUGGUCACGCCGGUCUCUGGUCGCGGUUGAUAUUGCACUAUUGGGCCGGCGCCAUCGAAGAUGAUUUAGCCAAGGAGUUUGACGAACCGGACCCCAUCGGGACGCUGCAGUUGGCCUACGAGCGAACGUUGGACGCGACGGUCCCCCACGACUGGCAGGGAACAACAACGGCGUGCGGAGCCCAGCUACACUAUAGAAUGCCCCCGGAAACUGUCGGAGGCGGCCCGACGCCUUUCCUCUACGUGACGAACCUAGGAGACUGCCAGGUCAUGGUGGUCCGGCCGCGACGGAAGGAAGUCAUCUACAAGACCAAGGAGCAGUGGCACUGGUUCGACUGCCCGCGCCAGCUCGGCACCAACAGCCCGGAUACGCCGAGGCAAAACGCCAUAAUGGACUCGAUGGACAUCGAGGAGGGCGAUGUUGUUCUGGCGAUGAGCGACGGCGUCAUUGACAAUCUCUGGGAGCACGAGAUAGUCGAGUCUCUCGUCACCAGCAUAGGUGAAUGGGAGUCAGGGAAAGGCACCCACGCGCAUGAAGACCGCACAGGCGGCCGCAACGGGGGAAUGAGCGCGGCGGCGAAGGACAUAGUCGCCGCUGCCAGAGAUGUUGCCAUGGAUCCGUUCGCCGAGAGCCCCUUCAUGGAGCACGCCAUCGAGGAAGGCCUCGCGAGCGAGGGAGGCAAACUAGAUGAUAUCAGCGUUGUUGCUGCUCUCUGUAUAAAGAACGACAUUUGA